UCGAUUGGGAUCGUCCCGCCCUCGGCGCCAUCUCUGGGACCCGCGAGCCCGCCCAGGUCUCAGUAUUGUGGCCACCAAAGCUCACAGGAUGUUUCACGGGAUCCCAGCUACUCCAGGCAUGGGAGCCCCUGGGAACAAGCCAGAGCUGUAUGAGGAAGUGAAGUUGUACAAGAAUGCCCGGGAGCGGGAGAAGUAUGACAAUAUGGCAGAGCUAUUUGCGGUGGUGAAGACGAUGCAGGCCCUGGAGAAAGCAUACAUCAAGGACUGCGUCACCCCCAACGAGUAUACUGCAGCCUGCUCCCGGCUCCUAGUCCAGUACAAAGCUGCUUUCCGGCAGGUUCAAGGCUCAGAAAUCAGCUCUAUUGAUGAAUUCUGCCGCAAAUUCCGCCUGGACUGCCCACUUGCUAUGGAGAGGAUCAAGGAGGAUCGGCCCAUCACCAUCAAGGAUGACAAGGGCAAUCUCAACCGCUGCAUUGCUGAUGUCGUGUCGCUCUUCAUCACAGUCAUGGACAAGCUGCGCCUGGAGAUUCGUGCCAUGGAUGAGAUUCAGCCCGACCUGCGAGAGCUGAUGGAGACCAUGCACCGUAUGAGCCACCUGCCUCCUGACUUUGAGGGCCGCCAGACAGUCAGCCAGUGGCUGCAAACCCUGAGUGGUAUGUCAGCGUCUGAUGAGCUAGACGACUCACAGGUACGCCAGAUGCUCUUUGACCUGGAGUCAGCCUACAAUGCCUUCAACCGCUUCCUGCAUGCCUGAGCCUGCAGCACUGUCCUCAUGUUAGGGGAGGAAGGGACAGCAGCCUAAGGCGAUGGUUCCUGGUUCCCUCAUCCUCCGCAUGUACCUUGGACAUCUGUGGGCAUCAGUGUCAGACAUCUGCGUGUCUUUCUUUGGAUUUUGGGGCCUCCUCCCACAAUAAAGAUGCUGUUUGAUCCUCA